GGUCGGCUUGACGUCCUUCCUAAUAUACCCGUCGACUAACCUGCCGAUCUCGACUGGGGGCGGCCGCCUCAACAUGGACCACUGUACCGAAGCGAGCGGAUGUGGAAGAGCCGAAGUUUGGGCCAGACUGUUUGCGACCAACCAAAAGUGACUGACGUGCCGGGUAUCACGAAUCCCUUAAGACCUUUCAGCUCGCCACAUACAGGCCUGGCUGUCUUCGCGACGAGGCGGUCGGUGACUGUCCGCUUGACCUCGCAGAACAGGGCAGAUCUGCAUCCGGACCAUAUAAGAGAGAUCCGGAGUGACAUCCUAGCCAUCGUACACGCGACACACCACGAGGGCGAGGCGACGGCAUUGAUACGUAGACCAUCCCGCGCGAAUGUGAGAACGCCAACCUUGCACCGCACUGCGGUAUCUCUGUACCGAAUCCCGGACUUGCCAGAACCCUUGCAGCCACCACUGAGGCCCAGUCUAGAUGCGCACGAGGAUUUCCCUUUCAGCCAGCUUCAUAUCAAUAGGCGCCAAUUCAAGCACACUACAUGGCGUGGUGGCGGACUGGACACGCCCAGAUGCUCUUCCGCAUUGUCACCUAGGAAAGUUGCAUCAGCACCCUGGCCUUUCCAGCACUUCAACGCGCAAACAGGGGUUUGGUAUGUCUCUACGCUACAACAACGAAAGGCUGGCGCCCCAAAAAAGAUCCUGAAUGCAAGAGCCCCCAAGUCCUCCUCCGCUUCCUCGACCACUUCCUCAACCACCAAGAAGACCAGCACUACAGCUAGCCCAUCGACCACAUCGACUUCUACGUGUAACCCUCAAUGCCAGGCAUGGUCAAGUGUUGUCAGCCUAGGCAGUGCUUUCGUCAGCACCCUAUGCUCCUUGUAUCGAGACUCCUAUCACCAACACCUUGACCUCCACACCCCAUACCACUUCCAUUAGCACACCUGUGUCUGCUACAACUACUACGCCCACCAGCAUCACGACCACAACUCCGACAGUCUUUACCACUACUUUCGAAACAGCGACAAGCACCACCACGUCCACAGUCACUACCUCGAGCGCCUGUCCCGCAAGUAACCCGAGUGUUUGCAACAAUGUCUGCGUCAAUUUCUCCAACGACAGAGGCAACUGUGGAAGUUGUGGCAAUCGAUGUCCCGCCGGCUACCAAUGUGAUAACGGCGUUUGUGAUCAGCCAUCACCUUGCAACAGUCCCAACAACCAUAUCUACGACUGCAAUGGGAACACUUGCGUCU